UGUGAUGGUGGCAGGAGCAGCGGCGGCAGCGGCAGCCCAGCCGAGCGUUAGGCGCUGCUCUCCGCGCGGCGUUUUGCAAAGGACUUCACCGAUCUACUUUUGCAGUCGCCUCGGACUGUCCAUGUGUUUACUUCCCCCAGCCCGAGGAUUCGAUAUCUAGGUUCCUGUGAAAUGCAACUGAGCAGCCAAAGUACUUUGAGAACACGGGGCGGCAUAAACACCAAAACUUUUUUGUGGAAGGAAAAUGCAAUAAGCAAGCUUGCCGUUUUCCGAUGCGGUGUGGAGUGAGUGUGUGUCGCGCGUGUCCGCACUGGAGGCAUAUGCUUGUGUGUGUACAUGGGGUGUGUUUUUCGGUACGUAGGGAGAAAAUGCUUGCCAACCACCGGAAAUCUCCUGGAAUUUAUUAGAAAAUAAUGGAUUAUAAAAAGAAGGCAGGCAAGGAGCGGAUCUCCCCUUGAGUUGCAACCCGAUUUGCUGCUGGCUCAGUUUGUUGUGAUUCUUUUUGUUGAUAGGUGUCUGAUGGUAUUCUGAUAACAACCCCCUUUUUUUCCCCCCUUCAGCUUUACAGUUUAAAAAAAGGAAACAAAAAAACCAUCCUAAAAUCUCUCCCCCUUUUUUUCGCCCCGGCGGGAUCGCUGUUUCCAUCCAUGUGCUUGCGUCUCCCCCGCGUUCCACUUAAACUAUUUUAAUCCUUGGACCCAAGGAGGAGGCUGAUAGGGGGGUGGAUAAAAAAAGUUCUUCCAAAAUAGUGUGCCCGGGGAGCAGGAUGGGGGAUUUCGCAGCCCCCGCUGCUGCCGCGAAUGGCAGUAGUAUUUGCAUCAACAGUAGCCUGAACAGCAGCCUCGGCGGGGCCGGGAUCGGUGUGAAUAAUACUCCCAAUAGUACUCCUGCUGCUCCGAGUAGCAGUCACCCCGCUGCCGGCUGCGGCGGCGGCUCCGGGGGCCCCGGCGGCGGCUCGGCGGCCGUCCCCAAGCACAGCACCGUAGUGGAGCGGCUUCGCCAGCGCAUCGAGGGCUGCCGGCGGCACCACGUCAACUGCGAGAACAGGUACCAGCAGGCUCAGGUGGAGCAGCUGGAGCUGGAGCGCCGGGACACCGUGAGCCUCUACCAGCGGACUCUGGAGCAGAGGGCCAAGAAAUCCGGCGUCGGCAGCGGCAAGCAGCAGCACCAGAGCAAACCCCAGCAAGAUGCGGAGGCUGCCUCGGCGGAGCAGAGGAACCACACGCUGAUCAUGCUCCAAGAGACUGUGAAAAGGAAGUUGGAAGGAGCCCGAUCACCACUUAAUGGAGACCAGCAGAAUGGUGCUUGCGAUGGGAGUUUUUCUCCAACUAGCAAGCGAAUACGAAAGGACAUUCCCCCAGGGAUGGAAGCCAUCAACAAUUUGCCCAACAACAUGCCACUGCCUUCAGCUUCUCCUCUUCACCAACUUGACCUGAAGCCUCCUCUGCCCUUGCAGAAUAGCGGAACUCAUACUCCUGGGCUUCUGGAAGAUCUAAGUAAGAACGGUAGACUCCCAGAGAUUAAACUUCCUGUCAAUGGUUGCAGUGACCUGGAGGAUAGCUUCACGAUCUUGCAGAGCAAGGACCUCAAACAAGAACCUCUAGAUGACCCUACUUGCAUAGACACAUCAGAAACAUCUCUUUCAAAUCAAAACAAGCUGUUCUCAGACAUUAACCUGAAUGAUCAGGAAUGGCAAGAAUUAAUAGAUGAAUUGGCCAACACGGUUCCUGAAGAUGACAUACAGGAUCUGUUCAAUGAAGACUUUGAAGAGAAGAAGGAGCCAGAAUUCUCCCAGCCGGCGACUGAGACCCCACUCUCCCAGGAAAGUGCAAGUGUGAAGAGUGACCCCUCUCACUCUCCUUUUGCACACGUCUCCAUGGGAUCUCCUCAGGCGAGGCCUUCUUCUUCUGGUCCUCCCUUUUCUACUGUCUCCACAGCCACUAGUUUACCUUCUGUUGCCAGCACUCCUGCAGCUCCAAACCCCGCCAGCUCACCAGCAAACUGUGCUGUCCGGUCCCCUCAAACUCCAAACCAAGCCCACACUCCAGGCCAAGCUCCACCUCGGCCUGGAAACGGUUAUCUCCUUACUCCAGGAGCAGUGACGGUAGCCAGUUCAGGGUCGGGCCCUGUGGCUGUGCCCAGCUCCGACAUGUCUCCAGCGGAGCAGCUCAAACAGAUGGCUGCACAACAGCAGCAAAGGGCCAAACUCAUGCAACAGAAGCAGCAGCAGCAACAGCAGCAGCAGCAGCAACACUCAAAUCAGACUUCAAAUUGGUCUCCUUUAGGGCCUCCAUCCAGUCCAUAUGGAGCAGCUUUCACUGCAGAAAAACCAAAUAGCCCAAUGAUGUACCCCCAAGCCUUUAACAACCAAAACCCUAUAGUGCCUCCAAUGGCAAACAACCUGCAGAAGACGACAAUGAAUAACUACCUCCCUCAGAAUCACAUGAAUAUCAUCAAUCAGCAGCCAAAUAACUUGGGCACAAACUCCUUAAACAAACAGCACAAUAUUCUUACUUAUGGCAACACUAAGCCUCUGACCCAUUUUAAUGCAGACUUGAGUCAGAGAAUGACACCACCAAUGGCCAACCCCAACAAAAACCCCUUGAUGCCAUAUAUCCAGCAGCAGCAGCAGCAGCAGCCACCACAGCAGCAGCAGCCGCCAGCACAGCUCCAGGCUCCCAGGGCACACCUGAGUGAGGACCAGAAACGCAUGCUUCUCAUGAAGCAGAAAGGAGUGAUGAAUCAGCCCAUAGCUUACGCUGCACUUCCGUCCCACGGUCAGGAGCAGCACCCCGUUGGGCUUCCCCGGACCACAGGCCCCAUGCAGUCCUCCGUGGCCACAGGCUCAGGCGGCAUGGUCUCCGGAGCAAGUCCCGCGGGUCCCAGCUUCCUGGGCAGCCAGCCACAGGCAGCCAUCAUGAAGCAGAUGCUCAUUGAUCAGCGGGCCCAGCUGAUGGAGCAGCAGAAGCAACAGUUCCUGCGGGAGCAGAGGCAGCAGCAGCAGCAGCAGCAGCAGCAGAUUCUGGCCGAGCAGCAGUUGCAGCAAACACAUUUACCCCGGCAGCACCUCCAGCAGCAGCGGAAUCCGUACCCCGUGCAGCAGGUCAAUCAGUUUCAAGGUUCUCCCCAGGAUAUAGCAGCCGUGAGGAGCCAAGCAGCCCUCCAGAGCAUGCGAACAUCACGGUUGAUGACACAGAACACAGGCAUGAUGGGAAUGGGACCCUCCCAGAACCCAGGGACAAUGGCCACAGCAGCAGCCCAGUCAGAGAUGGGACUGGCACCUUAUAGCACCACGCCUACCAACCAACCAGGAAUGUACAGUAUGAGCACAGGAAUGACCCAAAUGUUGCAGCACCCAAACCAAAGUGGCAUGAGCAUCACACACAACCAAGCCCAGGGGCCGAGGCAGCCAGCCUCCGGGCAAGGGGUUGGGAUGGUGAGUGGUUUUGGUCAGAGCAUGCUGGUGAACUCAGCCAUUCCCCAGCAGCACCAGCAGAUGAAAGGGCCAGUAGGCCAGGCCCUGCCAAGGCCCCAAGGCCCACCAAGGCUGCAGAGCAUUAUGGGAACGGUCCAGCAGGGAGCACAGAGCUGGCAACAGAGGAGCUUACAGGGGAUGCCUGGAAGGACUAGUGGAGAAUUAGGAGCAUUCAACAAUGGUGCCAGCUACCCACUUCAAGCUAGCCAGCCGAGGCUGACCAAGCAACACUUCCCACAGGGGCUGAGCCAGGUCGUGGACGCUAACACUGGCGCCGUGAGAACCCUCAACCCAGCUGCGAUGGGUCGGCAGAUGAUGCCGCCGCUUCCGGGGCAGCAAGGCACUAGCCAGGCCAGGCCGAUGGUCAUGUCUGGCCUAAGCCAGGGCGUCCCUGGCAUGCCAGCAUUCAGCCAGCCCCAAGCACAGCAGCAGAUGCCCAGUGGCAGCUUUGCCGCAGGCAGCCAGAGCCAAGCCUAUGAACGGAACCCCCCUCAGGACGUGUCAUACAAUUACAGUGGCGAAGCAGCUGGGGCUUCCUUCCCUGGCCUCUCGGACAGUGCAGACCUCGUGGACUCCAUCAUCAAAGGCGGGCCAGGGGAUGAGUGGAUGCAGGAGCUUGAUGAAUUGUUUGGAAACCCCUAGUCAAGAGGGGCCCCAGGAGCCACAACACUAGUGGUUAAAGCUUAAAACGUGAAAAAGAAACAGGAUGUUGACCCAUCCUUGUUUUUUGUUUUUUUGACCCACGUAAACUGAGCAAAACUGCAGCUGGCUGACCGUGGAAGACCCAGGUGCCAAUCCACAGCCCCGCGGGGCCUCAUUUCACCUGAUUUCCACACAGCAAUCGAGACGAGAUGCCACGCAGAUCCCUGCUGCAAGAGAGGGAGACACACCAGAGGCAGGUGGGGAAGACGAAUCUGAAGCCCCUCUGCUCGGCACUCCCAGUGAUCGCCUGGCCCAGCAAGAGCUGCGCCAGCCAAGACGGACUGCUGCCCAAGGUGAGGUAUCCGUCUGCCCCUCCCGGCCCAGGUCCAGAGACUGCAGCUUGGGAGACACAAAAGAGACAGAGCCUCCGGCCAGGGAGAGGCUCCCUCCCACCAAGGCUGCUGGGUGGUUGCACAGGCCAAGAGCACAGGUCAGAAACGCGCUGUACUCUGGCUGGAAAGAGAUGUCAGGCUUCAAGACAUGCUACUGUAUUUGGAGGGUAGACACAAAGAACAGUGAGAUGUCACAGGGAGACUACGAAGGAUCCUACGUGUGUCUCCUGCCCCAUGAUGACCCUCAGGAAUUUUAGAGGAUUUGCCAUCGGCUGCCUCACAAGGAUAGCCAAGUGAGCUUGGAGACAAUCCCUCCGGCAGUCCUGCGGGACAGCCCUCUGCUGGUGACCAUGGUGGCCAUCACUCCAGGUAGUUGGGCUGGAGCCUCCUGGGGACCCAGACAACAUCUAUACGUCUAGGCAGCUCCCGUCUACUUCCGGCUGGAUGCCGCCUUUCUCCCCCACUCCUGCCCUUAUUCCUCCCAGCCGCCACCCCAGCCUGCCCUUGCUUCUCCUUACAGUCUAUCCAAGAAGAAAUGAAGCUUUUGUCUUUAGGGAGCCUGGGCGGAGUCAAAAUAAAUGCAAGAAGAGCUUGGACAAUGCCUGAAAUGCAAAGGCAACUGGAGUUUUCUUUCUCUAAUGUGUAGAGUCGAAUGAAUAGUCUCUGCCGGGAACUGAGCGGGCUGCUCUGAUGAGGACGGUGGGUUUAUGUAAGCCGCAUCUCAUACUUCUGGCAUACCCAGGGAGGCAUGGCCUCGAGGUCACUGGCUCUUGUUCCCUUUGGGAAAAAUCCCAGAGGUGUGGCUCUAAAAUUGGCCUUGCCCUUAAUCCCUACUCACCGUAAAGACACCUCUGAAAUCCUGAGAUGAGGAACUGAAAAAUCAAUUGCUCAACCUUACACAUUUUGAUGAUAAAAAGGAGGAAGAUAUGGUUCUUUUCAUAUUGGCAAAGUAAUCCACUUCAAAAGUUCUGUACAGUUGUUCUCUUUGUAAUUCACUCAAAUUUGCCCUAACUGAAGUCUGCCGGAAGGGAUCAACAACCUCCGCUAUCUAAGGCUCUUUAGUCCUUGCCUCCCCUCCCACUGUCCUGUUUUGGAAGCCAUGUGGCAUAAUUAUUGUCCUAAGUGGGUAAGAAUGGCAUGCGCUUUUUCCCUACCACUCCUUCCUUCCGUGAACAAAAGGCUGGCUCCCUUCUGCGCACUCACACACAACUCACCACACCAGAACCCAGGCGGGGCUGUGGGGAGCAGGACCGGCUGCACUCAGGGCAAAGUCCUGAGAAGGGGGAUUCGAAUGGAUAGCUGGGGGCAAAGGAUGUAGUGAGGCGGCAGGCAGGCAAACACUGCCCCAGACGUGCUUGCCCAGUACCAAGGUUAUACAGUUGUGCGUUGCCUAACAACAGGGGUACUGAGAAAUGCAUCCUUAGGCGAUUUCAUUGUUGUGUAAACGUCAUAGAGUGUACUUACACAAACCUAGAUAGUAUAGCCUACUACACACCUAGGCUAUAUGGUACUAAUCUUAUGGGCCAAGCGUUGUAUAUGCGGUCCAGUCAUCAUUGACCAAAACGUCGUUAUGUGAGGCAUGACUGUAAAUCUACUCAGCAAGGGGCAGGAUGAAGACCAGAGGGGGCCAGGUGGGCGAGAGCCCAGGCAGGGGCUGUGCUCCCUCUGGGAAGAGGUGGUGGCAGGGUGACUGUGAACGCCCUGUGUAGGGAGGGACACCACCAGAGAAACUCGAGUGGAAACAGAUGAAAACCAAAAAAACAAGUAAACAAACAAGAAGACACAGACUACAUAAUUAAUUACCUUUUUCUAAAAGGUACAGGAAAUAAAUACAUAAGCAAUGAUGAGAAAGUGGAGGUGGCUGAUGGAGAGCAGGGCGCUCCAUUACCUUUUCAAAGCUUCCUCCAAAUGCUCAGUACUGGGACCAACUAAAUAGAGACGUAGAUUUUAAUAAGGUUGUUUUGUUUUGUUUUGUUUUUCCUAAGGUGCUGAUGUAUAUGUAAUGUCUAAAAAAGUUAUUUGUAAAUAAGUUUUUACAAUACUGCAGAUAUCACUGGGUCUACUAUCUGUAAAAAAUAUACAUAUAAAUAUAUAUAUACUGUUUGUUUAAAAUAGAGUAUUUUUAUUUCAUUCCUUAACUCAUCAUCACAGCAGUGGUAUUGCACUUCAGAUGACAUCUAAUUACUGAUUUGUACUGUAUGACCUAUGGCAACUUGCUCCAUUUUAUUGAGAUUUUUCUAGUUUUCUGUUUUUACUUUGUACAUUGAGCAUUGCUUAUUUCCUUUUAAGAAAUGUACAGAACUCUGAAAUGUAGAAAUGAAGUGAUGUUGACAUACCACUUUUAAAGAAAAAAAAAAAGAAUAAAAGGUCGUUAUCUGAAUCAA